GCAGAAGAUGUUAUGAACAUUGCAUAGAUUGGUAAGCGUCUUCAUUCAUUCAUUGAUUUAUUUCCUGUCUCAUCUAUAUCCAGUGAAGAUGUUUCUGACUUUACUCUUCAUUAUUGCUGGGACACAAACUUCUUUAACACAGAAACCUGCCUCUGAGUCUGCGGAUGUUGUCCUUUUGAUUGACAGCUCUGAUGUUCUUGGCAGAAGGGCCUUCUCCUCAGUUAAACCUUUUGUUAACAGAAUGAUCAACAGUCUUCCAAUUGGCCCAAACAAAUAUCGCAUUGCCCUUACACAGUACAGUGACGACCUCCACACUGAGUUCCAGCUGGAUGAAUUUAAAGCCAAGAACCCCAUGCUGAACCACAUUAAAAAGAACUUUUUAUUCAGGGGUGGUUCGUUGAGAACUGGAAAUGCCAUGCGAAAGGUCCGUGAGGCUUUUUUCAACCCACCAAGGAGAGACCGAAACCAGAUUGUGGUGGUCACAGCUUCAGGGCCUUCAGAAGAUGAUGUGGAAGGGCCUGCAAAAAUGUUACAGAAUGAUGGGAUAAAAAUUAUAGCUUUAGGAAUUCAAGAUGCACUACAGCAAGAGCUGCAGUCCAUGGCUGCAAAAUUCUCCUAUCAUUUCCAAACACCAAGGGAGCUUUUGAUGUUUUCUCAAAAUAUGUCUAAUGUUAUUCAAUCAGCUAUAGAAAUGGAUAUUGGCACAGUCAUCUUAACUACACCUUCACCAACAGUAACAACGUCUUCACUAGCUGUAACAACUCCUUCACCAACAGCAACUCCUUCACCAACACUAACACAAAGUGUUCACAAUAUAUCUACUGAAGUGGCAGACUGUGCUCGUGAUUCAGUUGCAGAUGUUGUAUUUGUGGUGGAUGAAAAUGUUCCAAAGGCAAACACAGAAUAUAUCAGAGGCUUCUUACAAAAUACUAUAAACUCUCUCGAUGUGCAGGAAGAAUGCAUAAGGGUUGGUCUAGUGCAAUAUAGCACUAAGCCGCAGGUGAUAUCAUUCCUGGGCAAGGAAACUGAAAAAAACGACCUUCUGCAGAUCAUUCAAAGCUUUUCUCCUAGAGAAGGAAAAGCCAAUCUGGGUGCUGCCAUUAAUAUUACCUGGAAGCAAGUUUUUGCUGAGCGUGCUGGAAGUAGGAAGAACCAAGGAGUGGAACAAAUAGCCACUGUCAUCACCCACAGACCCUCAGAUGACUCUGUAGCAGAAGCAGCUAAUCUACUUAUAAAGGCUGGCGCAACAGUAUUUGCCAUAGGCAUUGAGGGAGCUAAUAUCUCUCAGUUAACUCAGGUUGUAUCACAUCCAUCCCAACGGAAUAUUAUACAAGUCGGUUUUUCUGGCCUUCCAAAGCAAUCUGAUACUUUUCAGAAGAAACUCUUCAAUGAAAUACAGGACAAGCUCUAUGUCCAAUCUGAAAAAACAGUACAUCUCAAAACAGGAUGUGUGGACACAGAAAGGGCUGAUAUUUAUUUUCUGAUUGAUGGUUCCACAAGCAUUUCUGAAGACGAUUUUGAUAAAAAAAUGAAGACUUUCCUGAAGGAAGUGAUUAAAAUGUUUACUAUUGGUCCUGAUCAUGUUCGCUUUGGAGUUGUUCAGUAUUCAAACAGUCCCAAAACAGAAUUUGAAAUUGACGUACACACUACGAGCAGCAAUUUAGAAAAAGCAAUUAAUAAUAUCCACCAAAUGACCGGAGACACGUACACAGGAGCAGCUCUAAAUUUUAUGAAGCCAUUGUUUGAAAAGGCAAGAAAGCAACGGAAAAACAAAGUGCCCUGCUAUCUCAUUGUGCUGACAGAUGGAGAGGCACAUGACAAGGUGAAGGUACCUGCUGACACACUGAGGAAAGCAGCAAUCGAGAUUUUUGCCAUUGGUGUGGGAAAGGCAGUUAUGGCUGAGCUGCAUGAGAUUGGCGAGUCAAGAGUCUACUAUGUGCAUCAGUAUGACUCACUGAAAAAAAUAAAAAACAGUAUUGUUCAAGCCAUAUGCUCUGAAGAGGCUUGUAAACAAAUGAAAGCUGAUGUGAUGUUUCUCGUGGACAGCUCUUUGAGCAUAGGCAGUGAAAACUUUAAGAAAAUGAAGACCUUCAUGAAGGAGCUGGUGAACAGAUCUGACAUUGGCCUAGACCAAGUGCGGGUUGGUGUGGUCCAGUUCAGUGACAUCAGUAAAGAAGUGUUUCAACUCAACAAGUACACAACAAAAAGUGACAUCAUUGAGGCCAUUGAGAAAAUGUCCCUCAUAAAUCAGAACACACUCACUGGAGACGCGCUGAGAUUCGUGUCUGACUAUUUCCAGCCUGUCAAAGGAGCACGGCCUUCUGUCAACAAAAUUCUUGUCCUUAUCACAGAUGGGGAAGCACAAGAUGAAGUAAAAACUCCAGCCACAGCAUUGAGAGACAAAGGCAUCAUCAUCUAUUCAGUUGGAGUCUUUAAUGCCAAUAAAACACAGCUAGAAGAGAUAAGUGGGAAAUCGAAGAAUGUCUUUUAUGUUGAAAAAUUUGAUAUCUUAAAGGAGAUAGAAGAUGACAUAAUAUUUGGCAUAUGUAGUCCCCUUAAACCUGAGGAAUGCAAAAGGGCAAACAUUUUAGAUAUUGUUUUUGUAAUAGAUAGUUCCGGCAGUAUAGGAGAGCACAAUUACAAUAUCAUGAAGGACUUCUUGAUUGACAUCGUCAAUAAAUCUGAUGUUGGCAAGGACCGUGUUCAGUUUGGAGCAGUGAAGUAUUCUGAUCAUCCGCAAACUCUGUUCUACCUUAAUACACAUGGUAACAAAAGUGCAAUCAUUGAAGCAAUUGAAAAGGACACACUUUUAGGUGAGACAACAUACACCGCCGAGGCUCUUCGCCACUCUGAAGAUCUGUUCACUGUGACCCAUGGCAGCCGCAAACACAAAGGUGUCCCCCAACUUCUCAUGGUCAUAGCUGAUGGUGAAUCCCAUGAUAGGGACAAACUUGACGCUGUCUCAACGAGAAUCAGGAAUGAUGGAAUUACUAUUUAUGCCAUUGGGAUAAAAGAAGCAAAACGCGAUGAACUUGAAAUCAUGGCUGAAAAUAAAGAUAAUGUAUUUUUUGUGGAUACAUUUGAUGGACUAAAAAAUCUAUCAGUAAUAGAUAACUAUUGCCCAACUGCAGCGUGUGCCAUCCAUGCAGAAAUUGUUUUCUUGAUUGAUGGUUCCAAGAGUGUUGAUGAACUAGUUUUUGAGAAUAUGAAAGUCUUCUUGACAAAACUGGUUGAUUUGAUUGGUUUUAACAACAAUAUACUCUUUGGCAUGGCCCAGUUUAGUAACAUAUAUAAAAACGAAUUCUCUCUGAGUCAUAAUCGAACAGAACUUAAGAAUAACAUUACUAAUGUUUCAAUGCAGAAGGGGUUGCAAACAUUAAUUGGAAAAGCUCUUAAAGAAGUGAAGGCCUUCUUCAACCCAUCAAGACGCAGAGUAGCUCGAAAUGUCCAACAAAAGCUGCUGGUGAUUACCGAUGGACAAUCACAUGACUCUUUUACUCAGCCAGCAGAAGAACUGAGAAAAGAAGGUGUGGAGAUACAUGCGGUAGGAGUGGGAAACAUUAGUCAUGUAAAACUUCAACAAAUUACUAAUUCUCCAGACAGGAUAUACACUACAGCUAAUUCCAGUGAACUACCAAAUAUUGCAAAACGCAUAACAGAGGAAAUGUGCAAAGUUGAUGAUAAAUCAACAUGUUUUGUGGAUGUUCUUAUGGGAUUUGACAUUUCAUCUCAGAAGCCAGGGGAUCAUUUAUUCAAUAACCAACAGCUUUUGAAAACCUACCUUCCUGACAUAAUAAAGGACUUCACAUCUCUAAGUUCUGUGAGCUGCAAUAAAGGAACAACCACACAAUUCAGUGUGGCCAUUCCAAUAGAAAAUACAGACCAGCCUGUUUUGGCCACUCUUGAAGUUGAACAUGAAAAAAUCCUAGAGAAACUCAGAAAUGUUGUCAUCAACAGCCCAACUUAUCUCAAUGUCAAGUUUUUGGACAGUCUUUGGAAUAAAUUGAAAAACCUAUCUGGUAAUCCAAACCGGAGCAAGGUGUUGCUUCUUUUCUCUGACGGCUUGGAUGAUGAUCUAGAGGCACUUGAAAAAAAAUCUGAAGAACUGAGAAAGGAAGGACUGGAUGGAAUCAUAACUGUUGUCUUGGAAGGAGCCACCAGUUUUCAUGAUCUUCUGUAUAUUGAAUUUGGAAAGGGAUUUGGAUAUAAUGAACAAUUAACUAUUGGCACACAAAAUGUCGCCAGCCAGCUGUUUGAGUAUGUGGACAAAAUUGCUGAGAGAAAAUGCUGCUGUGUGUUUUGUAAAUGUGCAGGAGAGAAAGGCCUCCCUGGACAAACAGGGGCCGUUGGACUUAAGGGAACUGUCGGUCCGGAGGGAAGACAGGGAGAUAUAGGAGAAGAUGGUGAGCCAGGUCCCAGGGGAAUUCGUGGGCCAGAAGGACAGAAAGGAUGUAGGGGCGAGUAUGGCAGGAAGGGUCAGAAGGGCCUGCGAGGAAACUCAGGAGAAAAGGGAGAGGAUGGGAUCGAUGGUGUGGAUGGAAUUGAUGGAGAAGAGGGAUCAGAUGGAUUUCCAGGACUCAAAGGAGAAAAGGGCAACGCAGGCCAGAUGGGCAGCUCAGGACCAAGAGGACUUCCUGGAGACUAUGGGCAGAAAGGCUUUCAAGGAGAUCGUGGUAAUUCUGGAAUGGAUAAUUCCAUAAAAGGAGCAGUUGGUCUUGUAGGAGUACAAGGAAGACAGGGAGAAAGAGGACCAAAUGGUUCACCAGGUGCAAAAGGAUCCACAGGAAACAAGGGAGCAGAGGGAAGAAAAGGACCAACUGGAGAACAGGGGCAGAAAGGAAUCCCUGGUCCUGAAGGUUUGCAAGGAAAACAAGGAUUUCAAGGUCCACAGGGAACAGAGGGAAUUCCUGGUUUAACAGGAGAGAAAGGACAGUCAGGAAAUAAAGGCCCUCAGGGAGGUUCUGGAGUGGAAGGUCCUAAAGGGAAUCUAGGAAAACCUGGACCCAGAGGAAAUAAAGGAGAACCUGGAGAUCCUGGAGAGAAAGGAAGAAGAGGCUCCCGUGGGCAACGAGGAAUGAGGGGUGAAGAUGGAGCUGAUGGAUAUGGCAAACAAGGGAUUAAAGGAUCAAAGGGAGAUGAAGGUUUUCCAGGAGACAUUGGACUACAGGGUGAACCUGGAGACGUGGGCAUUCCUGGGGAACCUGGUCAAAAAGGAGCUUGUGGAAGAAUGGAUAUCUCCGGACUGAAAGGUGCAGCAGGUGAUCCAGGAGCAUGGGGUUAUCCAGGACAUCCGGGCCCAAAGGGAUCAAAGGGUCUGCCCUUGUAUUCGCCCUGUGAACUCAUUGAGUUUGUGCGUGGACACAGCCCCUGUUGGAGAGGAAAACAUCAAUGCCCAGUAUAUCCCACUGAGUUAGUAUUUGCUUUAGAUGUCUCCCAAGAUACCACACCUCAACUAUUUCAACGUAUGAAGGAGAUGGUCAUAGAAGCUGUGAACAAUACCAAAAUCCGGGAAAGCAACUGCCCAGUGGGAGCCAGAGUGGCUGUCGUAUCCUACAGCUCUGAAACCCACCAUCUCAUCCGCUUCUCAGAUUUCCACAGCAAGAAACGGUUGCUUGAGAAACUUGAUGUUCUUUCUUAUCAGAGAUCAGAAAACAAACGUGACCUUGGUGGGUCUAUGAGAUAUGUUGCCAGGAAUAUCUUCAAGAGAACUCUUCCUGGUGCUAAUGUAAGGAAAGUUGCUGUGUUUUUCAGCAAUGGCCAGUCUGACAAUCCAAGUUCUAUUGACACUGCAGUUAUGGAGUUCAGUGCAUUAGACAUUCUUCCAGCAGUCAUUGCUUUUAAAAACAACCCAAGACUCAAUCAUGCUUUUACGCUGGAUGACACAAGAUUGUUUCAAGUUAUUAAUAUUCAACAGGAGACAGAUUAUCCCCCAGCCUUACAAAGACUUCAGUCAUGUGUAAUUUGCUAUGACAAAUGCAGGCCAGAUGAAUCUUGCUUCCAUGAGUCAUCCCUCCCACCUGAUGCCUAUGUGGAUGCUGCUUUCAUUUUGGAAGGCUCAAGAAACAUACGCUCUGCUGAAUUUGAUAAACUGAAAGACUUCCUGAGUGUUGCACUUGACAGCUUUGAUAUUUCUGGUGAUCCGAAGACCUCCUCGACAGGUGAUAGGGUAGCUGUGCUGAGCCAUGCUCCACUGGAAUUCAGACGUCAGAGACAGGGGAGUCCAGUAAAGACCGAGUUUGACUUUGUGACUUACAGCAGCAAAAGACAAAUGAAGAGGCAUAUUCAGGAAUCUGUCCAGCAGCUGAAUGGAGAAACAGCAGUUGGUCAUGCCAUACAGUGGACAAUUGAUAACAUCUUCUCAAAAGCACCCAACCAGAGAAAAUAUAAGGCAAUUUUUAUUCUAUCUGCUGGAAUAACAAGUCAAUGGGACAAAGAAGUGCUGAGCGAUGCAUCUCUGAGAGCCAAGUGCCAAGGCUAUGCUCUCUUUGUGCUCUCAGUGGGCCAUGAAUAUGACCACAGAGAACUCAGGGAACUGACAAGCCUGCCUCUGGAGCAUCACUUGGUGCAGCUUGGCAGAAUUCACAAGGCUGAGCUUGGAUAUGCAGCAAAGUUUCUGAAACCAUUUGUACGCCUUCUCAAGAAUGGACUCAACAGCUAUCCACAGACACAGCUCAAGAGAAGAUGUUCAAACAUCAGCACCAAGAAACCUGUGUAUAUUCCACAGCAGCAAACACCACUGAUUGUGCCAGUUGGACCUAUGGUUCAAGAUGCAGAAUCAUCUUUUCAAGACUACCUAGCAAGGGGUUCUGUAUCAUCUGACAAUCUCAUCAGCAGUGUGCAAAAACAGACCAUUGUACUUGGAAAUUAGUGAAGUUUUCAGAAUGACAGCUAAGACGAAGAGAAAUAAUUGCUGCAGAAUCUCGUCAAGAAGUACUUUAUUUUCAUUGUAGCUGAUACCUCUGAUCUAUUUGUUUGGAAAACAGAAGAGUCAAUCUAACAUCCAUUAAAGCAGCACAAUAUUUUUUAAAAGCCAAAAGCAAUUUGGAAAGUUGAGACGUGAUCAUUUUGAUCAGACAAGCUGGUGAAUGUAUAGAUUAGAGGAUUUCCAUUUUUGAAUCUACCCCCUGUUCAUUCCUUGUCAGUGGAAUAAUAAAUCCACUUUGGGUCUAAUUGUAGACCUUAAAGGAGGAAUCCAAAGUACUGAACACUAUCCCAAAAAUUAAUUUAGCACCUCAGAUAACUCUCUUAAACUCUGGAAUAAGUCCCAGAGUAGACCUACCAGACCAGUGACUUGAAAGUAUCUGGUUGCCUUGUAGGGUAUGUUGAAUCAGCACACUUAUUCUAAUGCUUCAGCAAACUUUUUCUAAUGUCUUAUGGAUGAGUAGCUAGACCUUCCAGAAACAGUGUAGAAUUUCUUAUUCUCAGUUUCAGAAUCUGCAAGAAUAAAGUCAAUACCAUAAUACCACACCAAGUCUCUGUCUGACCUGGCAGCUAGUAGUCACUGGUAUCCAGAUUUCAGUGCUUCCAGAAAAUUUAAUUCUAAAAAGUGAUUGUUCGGCGUGUUACAGACCGCCCAAAACGGGCGGUCUCGCGCUGCUGCCGGUUGCUGCGUCUGGGAACCGCAGCAGCCAAACCACGUGGUUCCCGGGCGCAGCAAGAAAGAGCCAAAAUGGCGCUUCUUCCUGCGCCCUGGAAGUGGCGCCGCUGUGUGUCUGCAACGUCAAAGUGGCGCUGGUGCUGCCAUUUUGACGUACUCAUUACGUGUGAGGGGCAAGGCGCAUCAGGAAGCGCCGCUCCUUGCGUGUAAUGACGACGUCUCAUUGGCCCGUCUGUAACGUGCCUUCGUUUCUGAGCCACAUGGUGUAAUGCUAUCCAUAUUUACUUAGACUCAGGUGUCACUGUGCUCAGUUGGACUUUCCACAUGCAAGCUGCAAUUUCCCCACCAUGCUGUACCUCUUUGCCAGGGCUGAUGGAGUGUUUCUUGAGUACACAAUGUGCCAUUAUACUUUUUUUUUAAAAAAAUCCAUUUUUGUUGUUAGCUGUCCUCUACUGCUUUGCUUAGAUCCUGUAAUUUCAGGCCUGCGACCUCCCUGAUUGAACCUAUCCAUCUGGCAUGCAGUCUUCUUCUCUUUCUACUACCCUACACCUUUCCUAGCACUAUUGUCUUUUCUAAUGAGUCUUGCCUUCUCAUGAUGUGGCCAAAGUACAACCGCCUCAAUUUCAGCUUGGCUUCCAGGGAGAUUUCUGGCUUUGAUUGUUGAGAACUGAGAGAGGAAGCAUCCAUUUCUCAAGUUGUCUCUGAAACAAAUUAACAAAAAAGACCAGCUUCUAAUCAGACCACAUUCAGGCCAUAAAUCUGCACAUAACUCUGCUAAGUUUGAUGAUUUUAAAAUCCUUCAUUUUUUUAGAUGGAUGAAACAGGACUCUUUCAGGUUAUAAGCAUUCAUCAGGGGAGAGGUUAUGUCCUGGCCUUACAAAGACUUCUGGCAUGCAUACUUUGCUAUGGUAAGAGUGCACAAAGGAAGCAUGAAAACCAGUUUCUCAGUUCUAACUUUUCUUUACUUGUAUCGCAUUGUUAAAACGACUGUAUAUUCAUUUGUAGACAAAUGCAACAAAGACUAAUCUUGCUUCCACGAGGCAAUCUCCCCAUCACAGGCUUACUUGGGUGCUGCUUUCAUAGUGGAAAAAUUGAGGAAAAUAAGCUCUUUUGAGAUUGUAAGCACUUUCCCUAUUCUUUUUCUUUCUUUUUAGUUGAAUCAAAUCUUCUGCAUAUGUUCUUGUUUCUUCCUCCUAAAGUUGGCAUUCUGAUGAAUAAAGAAACCUCUCAUAAAGGCCUUGUUCACAUCCCAGGACUACAUUCAACUUAGCUCCUUUAUUUAAAUUAUUUUUUUUUAAAAAAAUCUUUUUCAAGUGUUCCUUGGCUUUCAAUACCACUGAUUCAUUAUGUAACAAUGAUUCAUUCAGUCUCCAAUUGAACGAUCUCUUUUUAUUUAACAAUGUCAAUGAAACUGGAUUAUAAUCAGAAAAAAAACUUUGACAAAACAUCCACUUUUCUUACCUUAUCUCAACAUCUUUGAAAUAAAAAACAUUAACAUUUUUUAAAAAAGUAUCAAUUCUUGAAAAUGAUUUAUGUCUUUCGGGGGGGGUAUAGUCUCUAGUGUUUCCAUAUUUAAAACAUCUGUUUGAGAACUUAAAGGAACUGCUGCCAGUUGGAAUAGAUUGUACUAAGCCAAAUAAACCAUGAGGCACACUUCCUUAAGCUUAAAGGAUCAGGAGGUGGCACACACCCAAGUAUAUGAGUGAAAGAACUACAAGUCAUAGAAUCAUAGUUAAGGAGUUGGAAGGAGCCACAAGGACCAGUUAUUUCAAUCCCCUGCCUUGCAGGUAUCCACUGGUUAAAGCACUGCUAGGUAGGAUCCAUCUCAUUUCAAUAUAAAAACCUCCAAGGUAGAAGACUAUACCUGAAAUAAACUAUCCCGUUGAACAGCUCAUGCUGUCAGGACAGUCUUCCUAAUGUUAACUGGAAUCUCUUUUCUUCCCAUUUGAACCAUCCCUUUGGGCCCUACGCUCUGGAGUAUCAGAAAACAAACUUGAUCCAUCAUCUACAUGUGUUGCCCAAACUUUAGUCCUGCAGAUGUUUUGAACUUCAGCUCCCAGAAUUCCUGACUGUUGGCCAAGCUGGCUGGGGCUUCUGAGAAGUGAAGUCCAAAACAGUUCGACCAGUUUGGGAAUCAUUGAUCUACAUGAUAACCCUUCUCAUAUUUAAAGAUAUUAUGACUUGUUUUUUGAGAAACCCAUGCUACUUCAUAGUUAUCACAGCAUUCUUUACUGAGUGCUCACAGACUAAUUAUUACUGUAUCUGCUUUCAUUAUAGUUCUGUAUAGCAUCUCCUGUCUUGAUAGAUGAAAUCUAAAGCUGUUCAUCAGCAGAGCAUACAAGAAAACGUGCGCACAUUUCCACAAAGGCCAGUGUAUGUUCCAUAGUUUCAAAGGCCCAAGUGAAUUCUUUUCCAAACACUUCCAAAUGACCGAUGCUAUGACCUGCUAUAGGUGACAUGAAUAUGAAGACAACUGUAGUUUCCUAGUGAAAACUCUGUAAAUUGUUUUCCCCCCCUAAUUUCCCAUCUCUUGAAAUGGGAACCAUUACAUGGCUCAUCUCACAGACUUAGGACUAGUGAGCAAUAGCGGAAUAUUUAUAAAAAGAAAUGCAUA